AUGGGCGAACGAGGACAUGGACUGGACCACUCAAGAGACCCGUGUCCCUGGGUCGCGUUAUCAGAUUUCGGCGGAGCCUUUUGUAUGGGUGCGAUAGGAGGAGCAGUGUGGCACGGAGUGAAAGGUUUCAGGAACAGCCCUUACGGGGAACGAAGGAUAGGAGCCAUCACAGCCAUAAAAGCACGCGCACCGGUACUCGGCGGCAACUUCGGCGUGUGGGGCGGCAUGUUCAGCACAUUCGACUGCGCAGUAAAAGGCGUCCGCAAGAAGGAGGAUCCAUGGAACGCAAUCAUCGCAGGGUUUUUCACGGGAGGCGCAUUAGCAGUACGAGGAGGUCCGCGAGCGAUACGAAACGGUGCCAUCGGAUGCGCCAUCCUGCUUGCAGUCAUCGAGGGUGUCGGUAUUGGAUUCCAAAGGAUGAUGGCAGAGAACACAAAACUAGAGCUGCCACCUCCUCCGGCAAACAGCUCUGCGAGCGCGGCAGGGAGUGAAGGACGGUUAGCAGCGGCUUGA